AAAAGGAGUGCCAAACCUGUUUAGCUUGCACAGAUAAGCCUGCCUAUAUAUGUGUAUUUGUUGUGGAAUUUUAGAACUCAAGUACAGUAUUUGCAGACAAUCUUGCUUUGCGUCACCUACUGUGUUUCCGAUGCCCCUUUCUUUAUAAAACAAAAGAGGGGAACAAAAAGAUCCAAUCUUUAUAAACCCUAACCCCAAAUCAAUCCCAAUCAAUGGCAUAUCCACCAAAUCAACCCGACCCGAAUGAACCAAAUCGUCGACUCUACAACCCAUAUCAAGAUCUCCAAGUCCCAAUUCAGAAUCUCUACAAGCUGCCCACUUCGCCUGAGUUCUUGUUCCAAGAAGAAGCCAUCGCUCAGCGCCGCUCUUGGGGCGAGAAUUUGACGUAUUAUACGGGUAUUUCGUAUCUCGCCGGAGCGGUCGCCGGCGCCGGAAUUGGUUUUGUUGAGGGGGUGAAGGCGUCGGAGCCGGGGGAUACUUUGAAGCUCAGGAUUAAUCGGGUGUUGAACGGGUCGGGUCACACGGGUCGGAAAUUUGGGAACCGGGCCGGGGUGAUCGGGUUGAUGUAUGCUGGGUUGGAGAGUGGGAUGGUGUCGCUGAGGGAUACGGAUGAUGUGAUUAAUAGUGUGGCGGCGGGGUUGGGGACCGGAGUGCUUUAUAAGGCGGCGGCUGGUGUGAGGUCUGCGGCGGUGGCUGGGGCGAUUGGGGGUGUUGUUGUGGGAGUGGCGGUCACGGGGAAGCAAAUGCUGAGGCGGUAUGUGCCUAUUUGAAUUUGUCGAGGGUUUGGUGAUAUAUUUUUAUGUAUGUCAUUUCGGGUUUAAUUGUAAUACAAUUUUGAUGGUUCGGGUCUGAAAUGAUGGGUUUUCAUUUUCGCCUGUUGUAGUUGCAUGUUUGGCAUGUAAAGGUGCAUGCUUUGAUGAAGAAACUGAGUUUCUGAAUAAAUUUAAUUGAACCUUAAUAUAUUGAAUGCAUGAUAUUAUUUUAUUUA